GCGGGCUUUGUGCGGCCCCGCCGCCCCUUUCCUUUCGCUUUCGCUUCCCCAUGGCGGCCUGGAUCACCUUCAGGGCCGACGAGGACGAGCCGGAGGACGAGGCGGGCUUCUGGAGGUACGACUCCACCUGGGAGGACGACGACGAGGAGGAAGAGGAGGAGGAGGAUGGCGGCGGCAGCGACGAAGGCGGAGAUGUGGAGGGAGCGGAGGCGGCAACCGAGGAGGAGCCGGAGGAUGCGGGGGAGCAGCCGGGCUGCGUGCGCGGUUCCCGGCAGGCUCAGGAGCAAAGGCCAAAUUCAUCCCCGCUGUUUCAGAGGAUUUUUCAGUUCUCAGGCAGACGCAACUGGCACGCAGCGAGAGACUUGCAGAGAUACAGACACUGUUACCCGGGUUUGAUAGAACCAGAAAACGAGGAGGAAUUGAUGUGGAACUUAAGCUUUUAUAAGAAUGAGAUUUGUUUCAUGCCCCAGGGUUUGCAUAUUGACAUUCUGCUCGAGUCUUGGUGGGACAACUAUGAAAUUCUGGAAGAAAACCAUUCUUACAUACAGUGGCUCUUCCCUUUACGUGAGCAUGGGAUGAACAGACGUGCCAGACCUCUCACCUGUCAAGAAAUUCAGGCCUUUAAGAAGUCCAAGGAAGUCAUGCAAAGGUUUGUACGUGCUUACCAGCUCAUGCUGAGAUUUUAUGGAAUCCUUCUGACCAACAAGGAAACUGGAGAACUUCAGAGAGCAGAGAAUUGGGCUGAACGAUUUCAGAACUUGAACCGGUUCAGCCACAACAACUUGCGGAUUACUCGCAUCCUGAAGUGCCUGGGGGAGAUGGGAUAUGAAAGGUAUCAAGUGCACUUGGUCAAGUUUUUCCUAACAGAAACUCUUGUGAAGGAGACGUUGCCAAAUGUGAAGAAAAGUGCCUUGGAUUACUUCUUGUUCACCAUCAGAAACAAAAAAGAGAGAAGAGAGCUGGUCCACUACGCUUGGCAACACUUCAAACCUCGAGGCAGCUUCGUGUGGGGGCCUCAUGACAAACUCCUCAAGUACAGGUCCCGCUCUGCCAAGUCACAGCUGCACCAAAAAGCUGAAGAGAAACAGGAGACUCCUGCUAAAAAAUGUGAUGGUUCUGUGGAGGAGGAUCAGAACCAGUCUCUAGAGGAUGAACAGAAAGCUGGAGAUGCUGCAGAUGUGCAGGGCGAGGACAACUUGCAGAGUGAUGAUGUAAAAGAGAAGAGAAGUGAAUGUGUUUUGACUGGAGGAGAUGGUGAAGAGGAGAAAGAGACUUCAUUUACCCAGCAGGAGGAGAAGGACUUAAACAGUGAGGCUGAAGGAGCACAGGGUACAGCAGAGAGCGACUGCACAAAGGAGAGCAAGAAGAGAAAACUGGACGCAAAUAUCGCGGAGGCUCCAAAGAGCGAAGCGUUGAGAAGCCCUCCUGAUAUUGAAAACAUCUCCAGGAACCUGGGAGAAUGUGCAAUUGAUGCAGGAUCCUCCUCAUUUCCUCUCCCACAAGCAGAGGAAGACCAGGAAGCACCAAAAGGAGAGGAUGCAAACACCAAAGAGCCGCCAGUGCCGGAGGCUGCUGUUGCAGCUGUGAAACGGAGGAAAGUCGAUCAAGGAAUAUCGAGAAGGUUAGCCAUAAACCUGCCCAUGGGGCCCCCAGCCUCUUGUGCCAAGUUAAAUCCAUCAGUUGCAAACACUGAGGCUGAAAAAGAAGAUGUCAGUGAGAAGAACACUGGUGUGGAAGGGGCAAGUGAGAAGGGGGGUGGUGAUGCAGAUGGUGGGGCUGUGAGCCCCUCAGUUGGGUCCAGGCUCCCCGAGACUGGACGGACUUCUCCAGCAAGUGAUGGCUCAGAGGCAGGUGGAGAUCAAGUCACAGCAAGGAAUGAUGAGCACCACUGCAACAGCAUACUCCUGGGGGACAAAAGUGAGGUAGAUGGGGUAGAAGAGCACGAAAAGGAAGCAAGUGCAAGUGAAGAAGUGCAAGCAGAAGUCCCGGGCAAGAAGGAAGCUCCAGAGGGUCUUGAGCAGAGCGCGGCACCCGUUUGUCCUGAGGCAGACAGUGCUGAGGUUGCAACACAGAAACCUGAAAGCUCUGAGUGUGGAACAGAAACUGAUGAAGAGCAGGUAGCAGCACACUGAGAGGGAAGCCCUUGAGCAGACAGAGAUGACACUGCCCUAACUACCAAGAGCCAGCUUGGUGAUUUGACAGCAGAAGUACACGGAAGAAUAACCUUCCUUUGGGCUGAUGCAGGGGAGCCCCUCUCUGACUUUCACUCUUCCACACUUUUUAAAGUCAUCUGUAAUCAUUUCCCUGAGAUCCAGCCCUUGGUUACCCUAAAGAGGAAAACCAGCUCACAGAGAGGCUGUAUCUGUCCCUGGUUUUUAUCUGAUGUUCAGGACUAUUUUUGCACUUUGCUUUGAUGGUGGUGUGUCCCCUCUCAAAUAGAAGAGGAAAACUGACCUGUUCCCUGGCUUGAACUGGUCAAGUAGAUAUUAAAUACAUGAUCUUCAAUGUAAGCCAGCUUGACCUAAUUGGCCAGGUCUUUCUAUUACCAUGUAACCUUUAGUUUGGAAGGCUGGACGUUCCCAGGAGAUUUAUUCCUUUUGCCCCAAAGAUGCUGGUCUCAAGGGUGCAAAGUGCUGAGUAAUUUGUUCCCUUUAUCCCCCACAGCAGUUGCUUUGUAGUGCUUGCUAAAAUUGUUAAGAAUAUGAAUUGUCUACUGGUUUCUAAGGGAAAAGCCUUGAGACUUGGCAGAAAGCUGUCUGUGGCUCUUCUCCCAGGUUGUUCCACCACUUUCAGACCCUGCACAUAGUCUUCCACAGAUGUUUGUGCCCACUGCUGGUUCAAAGCCCUUCCUUUCCCAGCUGCCAAAAUGGAACAAAGCUUUUUGCACUGCAUACUUUGCAGACCUUGCUGUUAAUUUGCAGUGGCCCCUGGGGCUCUCUCUUCUGCAGGCUCAUUGCUGGAAGCCAGAUGUGUCAGAUUUAACCCACUUCCUAGUUGGGGCAGGGUUAUUUUACCAUCCCUGAUCAGCAUGUCAGGCAGCAAAGGGCAUGAUUGAGUGCAGCAUGUCUGGAAACCACUGGGCUUUGUGGGGCAGAUAAUUGAAACUUUAAUUGGAAGGAGUACACUUGUCUGGUUCAUUUAUUCACAGCCCUCAAGAAUUUACUUUCAGACCUUGCCAGCUAUUUGCCUUUCUUAAUGUUCCUGACCUCCCCUUUAGCUAUUCUGCACAACUUACAGGGUCUCCAACCAAGUCUGAAGGAGCAUGAAACAAUUUAGCACUUUCACUCCAAGAGGUUUCCAACAGAGGAGCUGUUUCAUGCAGCAGAGGAAACAGUUUCCAACAGCCAGAAGGUUUGAACUCCCUAUUUGCUCAGAUUGUUUACUUUAGUUUGGGGGUUUUUAGGUGCUGUUUGUUUUGUGUAGGAGAUGGCUUGAGGCUUGCCCACCUUCCCAGAGAGCAGAUGCAGUAGCCUGUGCAACCUUAGUGUUUUUUCCCCUCUCUGCUACAGCUGAAGCUUCAUCUUUCAAGGAAUUUGGUAGGUGACUUGCCUUCCCAGACUGGGUCCUGCUCCAGCAGGCUGCACACCACUGUGGGAAGCAAAGUCUGCAAUCUUAACAUCUCAGUUCAUGAUCAAACACACACACAAUGGAGAAAAAAGGCUUUAAUGGUUUUAAAACACUUCCUUAGGGGUUUUUUUUCUGAGGAACAAAUGGAGUUAAAUAAAUAGCCACCAGGAAUACACUUACCUACAGCCAGAAAUACUUCAAGAUGUGAAAGUUCUUUCAUGAAAGAGUCGUAAGAAGUUGUUAAUUGUGGCUUUUGUACAGAUUUCUAGUGAUUUUCUUAUUUAAUGAUGUUUUCAUUGUGAAGGUGUGCUCAGUUGGGGCAUAGAUCAUAUAUCUUGUAACAAUGCUGUGUGCUUUGUUUUGGUAUUCCAUGGGAUUUCACUGUGAGCCCUGGUCUGGAGUGCUCAAAGCAAACUGUUCCCUCUCAUGAGCACGUUGGAGAGUUUUGGCUGUAGGUGUUUGCAGUGAGUUCACAGGAUGUUUUCCAGCACUCAGAGCUGUACCACAGGGUCUGUUACAUUAAUGCCACCUAUUAAAGCAUGACUUCAAUGCCUGCCAGUGUCCACAUUUGUUUCAUCUUAG